AAAAAAAGUCAUACAUGAUCCUCCCCUGCUGUCCUUUUUUCUUUUCUUUUCCUAAAAAAAACUAUGCUUCGACUAACAACUACUCGUGUUGGAAAACACUUUUACUCAAAUAAUAAGCACUUUACAGCUAAGCGUCUUUUCAACAAUACACAGGGUUACGACUCUAUUGUCCUUGGCGCUUAUACUGGUGACAAUAUCAGUUUGACAGCUACUGAACAUAUUUCUGAAAAGACAAAACAACUUAUUAGAGAACAACUUGCAGCUUCCAACCUCAAAAAAGCCGGCGAUGUUCGAACACUCUACAACAUUAGUGGUGUAAAGCAAGUUGCUGUUGUUGGUCUUGGAAAAGAAGCCGAGAUCAAGGACAAGCAAGAAGCUGCACGCAGAGCUACUGCUCUUGGUUUGCAUGCUUUGAAAUCGCAGGGUGCCAAACAUGUUGGUAUUGAUGUAUCACUUAGUAGCCAUGGUGCAGGUGAAGGCUCUGUCCUUGCCCAAUUCUCUUUUGACAAGCUCAAGAAAGAAAAAGACUCAAAUGAGAUGGUUGUAGGUCCUUUCUCUGAACCAGCUAGAGCAGAGGAUGGAUUGACAUGGGAGACAGGCCAAAUUUAUGGUGCUUCACAAAAUGUAGCUCGUAUGCUCAUGACUUCGCCUGGCAAUUUGAUGACACCCAAGUUGUUUGCCGAGGAAGUUGCCUAUUUGUUGGCUGGUUUAGAAAAUGUUGAGGUUAUUGUGAGAGAUGAAGAAUGGGCAGCUAAGAACCAUAUGAAUGCCUUUUUAUCCGUUGCCAGGGGAAGUGUGGAGCCCUUAAGAUUCUUGGAAAUUCAUUACAAGGGUGGAAAGGAAGGAGACAAGCCUCAUGGUCUUGUUGGUAAAGGUGUUACAUUUGAUGCUGGUGGUAUUUCUCUUAAGCCCUCUGUUAAUAUGGCAUUGAUGAAGGGUGAUAUGGGAGGUGCAGCAACUGUAGCUGGUGCUCUUUAUGGUAUUUCCAAGCUGCAAUUGCCCAUCAAUGUGGUAGCAGUGACUCCUUUAUGUGAAAACAUGCCUUCAGGUAAUGCAACUAAGCCAGGUGAUGUAAUCAAAGCAAUGAACGGCAAGUCUAUCGAAAUUAUGGAUACAGAUGCUGAGGGAAGAUUAAUAUUGGCUGAUGCAUUGUAUUAUCUCAGCUCUAAAUAUUCACCCAAGAGUUUAAUUGAUUUGGCCACACUUACAGGUGCUAUGGACGUGGCACUGGGUGAUGUGUUUGCGGGCGUAUUUUCUAAUUCAGACACUCUCUGGCAAAAUCUGGAAAAAGCAGGCAAAAAGACUGCCGAUCCCUUUUGGCGUAUGCCUUUGCACGAUGGAUACUUGAAAGAGAUGCAAGAGUCGAUUGUGGCCGACUUGAAUAACCUUGGAAAAGGACGAUCAGGUGGUGCUUGCUCAGCUGCUGCUUUCUUGCAGGAGUUUUUAUCCAGUAAAGAAAUUGAUUGGGCUCAUAUUGACAUUGCAGGUGUGAUGGACAGUCAAGGUACAGAUGGAUAUCAUAUCAAAGGCAUGAGUGGUCGUCCCACAAGAUCUUUGAUAGAGUACAUUCGUGGUUUUACUCAAUAAAAAAAAGCCAAAUGUAAC